CUGACUUUAGGAACGGCGGAAAAUGAUACUUGAUUGCUUGAUUCUUUCUGGUUAAAUAGCGCACGGAGAAGGUGAAAAAUGGCUAAGACUUCUGAAAAGAAGGGAAAGAGUGCUAUCAACGAGGUAGUGACUCGUGAAUACACUGUGAAUCUUCACAAGCGCCUUCAUGGUGUUGGAUUUAAGAAACGUGCUCCACGAGCCAUCAAAGAGAUCAGGAAGUUUGCAGAAAAGCAGAUGGGUACACCUGAUGUUAGGAUAGAUACGCGUCUCAAUAAGCAAUUGUGGUCAAAAGGCAUCAGAAAUGUUCCUUUCAGAGUUCGUGUAAGAUUAAGCAGGAGGAGGAAUGAUGAUGAGGACUCUGCAAAUAAGUUGUAUACUCUUGUAACAUAUAUAUCUGUUUCGUCAUUCAAGGGACUCCAAACUGAAAAUGUAGAUGCUAGCCAAGAUUAAUGUAUUUCUGUAUAAUAAAUAAUGAACUGAACUCGCAA